CGGAUGCCGCACCCGACCACAGGCUAACGACUAGGAGUGUAAAGCACAUCUAACUAUCCUAAGAUAUAAGCCAUGGAAAUAGUCCCAUUCUGAGUCGCGUCUUUCAAAACAUUUACGAGUCUUUCAUUAUUUAUAUCGAGAAAGCACUUCUAUCAAUUGCUUCUUGAGUCGUACUUUCAUUUUGAACUACCUGUAUACCAGCUGAUUUGAACUCUCAACAUGGCACCCUCUCGAAUUGACUACGCCGAGAACUCUUCAGACGACGUCGACAGAUGUGCGGCGAAAUCUAAGCAGAACAUCUAUCUCCUCGAAAACUUUCCUGAGGAGGCUAUACACCAUAGCCAACGUCUUUUUACAACGAUACUACCCGGCGACCCCGAAAUCGAAAACUGGCGCGACAACGCAGAUGCCAUUCUCGUACGGGAGAAGAAAAUUACGGCGGACGACAUCGCUUCCACACGAAAGUUACGCGCGAUCGGAAAACAAGGCACUGGCAUCGACAUCAUCGACCAAGAUGCAUGCGAGAAACGUGGAAUUGCCAUUCUCAAUACCCCUGGCGUUAAUGCGCAAUCGGUCGCAGAGCUUGUCCUCAGUCUUACAAUGGCAGUUGCGCGACAGCUACGCGUUAUAUCCACAAAACAGGCAGCAGGGUUAGAAGUUCGAAAGGAACAUUGCUGUGGCAUGACACUCAUUGGAAAGUCUAUAGGCAUUGUUGGCAUGGGCAACAUUGGUACAGCCGUUGCUCGCAUGUUCAGCGGUGCGUUUGGAGCUUCAGUCUAUGCCUGCGAUCCCUUCGCGUCUACUGAAGCAUGGGCUGAUAUUCCACAUACAAGGGUCAAUCAGUGGGAAGACAUGCUGCCUCACAUCGACGUCCUGACUAUUCAUGUACCGCUCAAUGCGAAGACAAGAGGCAUGGUAUCUGCCACUCAAUUCAAGAUGAUGCGGCAAGGUUCGAUUUUAAUCAAUGUUGCGCGAGGAGGUAUCGUCAAUGAAAAUGACCUGGUGGAAGCUUUAGAGGAGGGUCACAUUUUUGGUGCUGGUCUGGACUGCCAUGAGGAAGAGCCUCCGACACUGCAGAAAUAUGAGAAGCUGUGGGCAACAGGGAAGGUUAUCAGCACCCCACACAUCGGUGCAACGACAGCAGAGACGCAGGUGCUCACAUCUAUAGCUGCACUCGACAACGUACACAAGUUUUUGAAGCUCGCGUAGAGCUUGCGAUCUGCAACAAUGGGUCGGGAUUUGGUACUUGUGUUUUGAGGUCAUGAGGCUUGAUGUUCAAUGUAACGGACUAAGGAACUCGGAGCAGAUCCAGGUCGGGUUCAGCUAGCG